AUGAAUCCAAAAAUAUCGGACUUUGGCCUUGCUCGGAAGUUUGUAGGACAGGAUGUCAUGGCUAAGACAAAGAGGGUGGUUGGCACACUUGGUUACAUUCCUCCAGAGUAUGCAGUACAUGGGCGUUUCUCUAUAAAGUCAGAUGUAUUUAGCUUUGGCGUAAUUGUGUUGGAGAUAGUAAGUGGGAAGAAAAACAGAGGGUUCUCUCAUGAGGCUCACAGUGACAACCUUCUUGGACAUCUUAUAGCUAUUGGCUUAGAACUAGCUGUUGUUUGGGAAGCUAUCUAUCAACCACAUGUAACAGCUAUUGAGCCAAUUCAAGAUUACAAAGAGAGAUGGGGUUUGUCAUUUUGUUUUCAAAGAAUGGAGUUGUAUGCUCUCAAAGUGGUGAUAAUUCCAAUAAAUAGAUCAAAAAAGAAAGGGGAGGAGCUAUGCACUCCAACUUUUUUUACCUGCCUAGCUAAUGAAUAUGAAAGAAGGCAUAUGUCAGCUUCCUCUAUUGCAAGGUCAACUCUAUUUUAUAAAUUUUAA